GCGGAGGCGAGGUUGUGCCCCGGACUGUGUCCACCGAGCUCAGCGGCUGUUGCCUGUACGUGGAGAAGCAGCGGCGCCGCGAGGCAGAGGAGGAUCGCGGACGAGCGCAGCGGCGGGACGUCUACGGCUGCCGCGGCCCCGGCGGCUCCCGGCGACAAUCGGCUUGGGGAAGCAGCGGCGGCCGCAGCGGCAGCCGCCUCUCCAGCACCGGGAAGCCGAGGCGCGUCUGGCGGCGCUGACAUCCGCGGCCCUGCCUCUCCUCCCUCGCCCCCGGCCCUCCCCAUGUGAUCGGUCUUAAUCCCGACCGUGUGCGCGCGUGGGGGCUCCAUUGCGCGGCGCCCGGUGUCGGUGCCGGGGUGGGUGCUCGCGUGCGCUUCUCCUCCCCAUCCCCCGCCCCGUCCCCAAGAAUAAAAGAAGAACCGGGAGGCGUGCUCAGAAAAUAAAUAAAUAACCAGCACACACGCGCAGCCCGGAGCGAGGCGGCGGGGCUGGCGGCGGCGGAGGAGGAGUGAAGGCGGCGGCGGCGGAGGAGGGACGCGCGGAGCCGGCAGUAACUUUCGAGCCAGCCCAGAGCCCGGAGCUCCAGCCGAGCGGUUUGCAGCGCGGCGGCGGCGGCGCUGAGUGUCUGGCCCGCCGGUGCGGUCGGGGUGUGCAGUCGGACGGGACGAGCAGCGCGUCGCUGUCCCCCCCUCCCGGUGGCUGGAGAUGUCCGAGCCCAAGGCGAUUGAUCCCAAGUUGUCGACGACCGACAGGGUGGUGAAAGCUGUUCCAUUUCCGCCAAGUCACCGGCUGACAGCAAAGGAAGUGUUUGAUAAUGAUGGGAAACCUCGUGUGGAUAUCUUAAAAGCACAUCUCAUGAAGGAGGGCAGGCUGGAAGAAAGUGUCGCAUUGAGGAUAAUAACAGAGGGUGCUUCGAUUCUCCGACAGGAGAAAAACUUGCUGGAUAUCGACGCCCCAGUCACAGUUUGUGGGGACAUCCAUGGACAAUUCUUUGACUUGAUGAAGCUCUUUGAAGUGGGAGGAUCUCCUGCCAACACACGCUACCUCUUCUUAGGGGACUAUGUUGACAGAGGGUACUUCAGUAUUGAAUGUGUGCUGUAUUUGUGGGCCUUGAAAAUUCUUUACCCCAAAACACUGUUUUUACUUCGCGGAAAUCAUGAAUGUAGGCACCUCACAGAGUAUUUCACGUUUAAACAAGAAUGUAAAAUAAAGUAUUCCGAGCGCGUUUAUGACGCCUGUAUGGAUGCCUUCGACUGCCUCCCGUUGGCCGCGCUGAUGAACCAGCAAUUCCUGUGUGUACAUGGUGGUUUGUCUCCAGAGAUCAACACUCUAGAUGACAUCAGAAAAUUAGACCGAUUCAAAGAACCACCAGCUUAUGGGCCCAUGUGUGACAUCCUGUGGUCAGACCCCCUGGAGGACUUUGGAAAUGAGAAGACUCAGGAACAUUUUACUCACAACACAGUCAGGGGCUGUUCGUACUUCUACAGUUACCCGGCUGUAUGUGACUUCCUGCAGCACAAUAAUUUGUUGUCCAUACUCCGAGCCCACGAAGCCCAGGACGCAGGGUACCGCAUGUACAGGAAAAGCCAAACAACAGGGUUCCCGUCUCUAAUUACAAUCUUCUCGGCACCAAACUACUUAGACGUGUACAAUAACAAAGCUGCAGUGUUGAAGUAUGAGAACAAUGUGAUGAACAUCAGGCAGUUCAACUGCUCCCCGCAUCCGUACUGGCUCCCAAAUUUCAUGGACGUUUUCACCUGGUCGCUGCCAUUUGUUGGGGAGAAAGUGACUGAGAUGCUGGUGAAUGUCCUCAACAUCUGCUCAGAUGAUGAACUCGGGUCAGAAGAAGAUGGAUUUGACGGAGCCACGGCCGCAGCCCGGAAGGAGGUCAUCAGGAACAAGAUCCGAGCAAUAGGCAAAAUGGCCCGAGUGUUCUCAGUUCUCAGAGAAGAAAGUGAGAGCGUGCUGACCCUGAAGGGCCUGACCCCGACUGGUAUGCUCCCCAGCGGAGUGCUCUCUGGCGGGAAGCAAACUCUGCAAAGCGCUAUCAAAGGAUUUUCACCACAACAUAAGAUCACUAGCUUCGAGGAGGCCAAGGGCUUAGACCGAAUUAACGAGAGGAUGCCGCCUCGCAGAGACGCCAUGCCCUCCGACGCCAACCUUAACUCCAUCAACAAGGCUCUCGCCUCAGAGACUAACGGCACGGACAGCAAUGGCAGUAAUAGCAGCAAUAUUCAGUGACCACUUCCUGUUCACUAUUUUUUUUUUUGAGCUGCAGGGCAUGAUGGGAUUGCUGCAUCUCAGCAGUUGGAUGUUCUUGCCUCUGACAGUAGCUUGUUUGCUCUGGGGGCCAGGAAUUGGAUUCAGUUUACACUAUCAUGAAAAAAAAAAAGAGGGAGAGAGAUAAUAAACUAUAUUUUGGUGAGGGUGGUGAUUAAACACCUCUUUUGGGUAUGCCUUUAAAAAAAUGCUUCUAGGAAAAAAAAAGUUUUAAAAAGAAAGCUAAUGCUAGUCUAUACUGCAAUGUUAGGGGAAUGAACACGUUUUCCUACUGCACUGGGGACUUUUAGAUAGGUUAAUGAAAGGCCUUUUAUUCUGUUACUGGACACGAAAACUUUGUCUAAUUUCUUAUACUCUAUUGUACGUUUACAGUCGCAGCACUAAAACGGAAGACAUCAAACAUUUUUAACAGAAAAAAAAGAUGUACAAACUAAAUAAGGACUAUUUAUUGAUAAUGUUUUGCUACUCUUGUCAGACAAUGGCUAUAAACUGAAUUAGGCAGUCUUAAAAAAAAAAACGUGGAAAAAAAAUAAGAAUGUUGCAAAUUUGUUAAAAUGCCAAAAAAAAAAAAAAAAAAAAAGAGGACAGUUUAAUUUUGUAUAGAUCAUGCUUACCUCAGGUUCCUUUAGUUUGCUUGACUGCCCUUCUUUCCAGAGAACAUUAUUAAUUUGGCAGUGGAUACAUUUUCUUUAAGUUUAAAAAAAAACUGGAAUAAUUAUACCCAUCUUUUUUUUUUUUUGCUGUUUAUAUUUAGGGGUUUUGUUGAUAAAUCAAGUCUUGGUUGUGGCUUGCUGAAUUCAAUAUUUAUGAGUGGUGCAUUUUUAAGUAUAGUGAACACGACACCAUAGUGCAGUGAUGAAACCUCUAUAUUCUGUAAAAAACAAAAACAAACAAAAAAAAUCUGCCUAUGCAUGUUUUUUAAGAAAAAAAUAAAAUAAAAUGGCUGUAUCGGCCUGUAUGGACUGUAAUGCGCUUAGUGGCCUGACAUAUCCUGGAAAUGUAUGUAUAGUGGCGUGCUUUAUAUUCUCAAAAAUGCUUAAUGCCUUUGAAAUUUUGUAAUCAAAACAAAAGCUUUGAAAAAAUCUAAAGGGGAGAGUAUUCUUAAAAGUUUUUAACAUAAGCUUGUCAGUGCACACAUAGAUGGUUGGCAUGUUUAGCAAACUUUGUGAAAUUUAAAUAAGUUUGUAGUUACAUGUGAAACUCUAAAUGCAUGGUAACCGUUAAUGUCAUACCAGUUUAGUUAUUUCGUUCUGUUCUGUCAUGUGCCACAAGAUACGUCCUUUUUUUUUUUUUU